CGCUCCGGGCGCUCUGGGGAAAUGCAGGGCUCCCACGGCCGGACAGCAGGCCAGAGCUGUGGCCCUUGGGUCGGGCAGCAUGCGUCAGACCACGUCCCGGCUAGGCCAUCUCUCCUGGAGCCUCUCCGCGGCCCUGUCCAGGACGGCCCCAGGAAGAAGCACUUUGCUUGUCUUACAGAUGGAGGAGGGAGGCUCGGACAGGUGCAGAACCUGCCCCGUGGCGGGUGGGGGGCUGCCCCUGGCCACCCUCGGGCAGGGUGGGUCCCCCUGGAGAGCCGUCACUCGGCAUGGAGUCCUGCUCUGACAGAGGGAACCCCCACUCUCUCCACGAGGAGGUUGCUGGGUUGUGGCAGGCUCCUAUCCUGGCGGGAGGGGGUGUGUGAGGAGGCCUGGCUCCUCAGAGGGCAUCCCACGGCGUUUCUUGCCUGCUCAGGGCCUGCUCCGCCUCCAUGAAAGGCUCCCGGGCCGCCAGUGGUCCCUCCGGCAGCCCCGAGGGCAGCUCAGAAGGGGUGGACCUGAGCCUGACGGGCCUCCCUCCACCUGUGUCCCGGCGUCCUAACAGCGCCUCGGCUGCCAAGCCCCUCACCCGCUCCUCCUCUGUGGUCACAGGCAGUGAGCCAAGGACGAAGGCGCUGGAGGGGCCCGGAGGGGCCCGAACCAUCAACAACCUCCGCAGAUCCAGCAGCACUACGCAGGUCCGCCAGCCGCCAGCCAGCCAGGCCUCGGCCGAGCCCCUCAGGCCGGCCGAGCACCCCCACUUCCUGACCCUCUUCGAGGGCGGCUCCGGUGGGAAAAAGAGACCGGCUGGUGUGAGCAAAGCUUCCAGCGAGAAGGGAGCCACAUGGAAUGUCCUGGAUGACCAGCCCAGGGCCUUCGCCGUGUCGCCGGACUCCCGGAGUCCCAGCACUGUCGAUGCGCCAGUGGGCCCGCGGAGGAGAGAGUGCACCGUGCCCCUGGCUCCCAGCUUCACUGCCAACAACAGGAGCAACAAGGGAGCCGUGGGCAACUGUGUCACAGGCAUGGUGCACAACCACUACUCGCCCUCGGGCCGGGCGCCGCCCCCCAAGAGCUCCAACCGCACGGCUCCCUCCCUCAACAAUAUCCUCAAGGCUGCCGCCGGCGAGGGAGAGAGCAGCGGCUCGGCAAAGCCGCACGAGAACUUGGCCGGCAGCAACCGUGUGGCCCAGAACAACGCCGGGGGCGCCCCGCUCAGGAGGAAGGAGGUGACGGAGGAGGAGGCCGAGAGGUUUAUCCACCAGGUGAACCGAGCCGCCGUCACCAUCCAGCGAUGGUACCGCCGGCAGGUGCGGCGACGCAGAGCCGAGGCUGCCCGCCCAGAGCACCUGCUCGCAUCCAAGCCGAAGGAGCAGGGGCAGCAGCUCGGAGAGGGGCUCCUGGGCCUGCACCAGCAGAAGGAGGCAGCCAGGAAGAAGGCCCGGGAGGAGAAGGCACGCCAGGCCAGGCGAGCGGCCAUUCAGGUGCCCGAGGAGCUGCAGCAGAAGCGGGCCCAGAAGUCAGGGGACCCUGAGCCCAGGCCGCUGGAGGACGCCCGGGAGACGGAGAAGCCCCGGCCUGCCCAGGAGCCGCUCCCGAGGCCAGGGGGCACCACUCACGCCCAGCAGACCCAGAAGGCCAACAACGCCGGGUCUGGCUUCCGAACGGCGGGCCCAGAGGACCCCUGCCAGUCUGCCUCCAACUCCUCCCCAGAGCCCUGGCAGUUUCCAGAAGACAAGCCUCAGGAUGCCAACUCCAGGGAUGUGGCCAGCCAGGAUCUGGAGGUGGUGGGUCCUGCUGGGGGCAGGGCCAAGUCCAGGGCCACCCUGGAUGAGCUGCUGGACACUCUCCGGCUGCUGGAGGAGGAGCCCGAGCCGCUGCCCUGCCCCAGGGCCUACCACCAGGACAAAUACUCCUGGACCGACCAGGAGGACGACGGCAGCUCCCUGACGGCUGACAACCUGGAGAAGUUUGGGAAGCUGAGCGCGGGCUCCGGUCCUCCCGAGGACGGGACUCUGCUGUCCGAGGCCAAGCUGCAGAGUAUCCUGAGCUUCCUGCACGAGAUGGAGAUGGAGACAUCGGGGCAGGGCCGGCCGGCCUCAGCCCCCCAGGGGCUGGUGCCGGAGGAGGGGCGGCGUCUGGGGCCCACGUGCACGGCGAGCGCGUCCGUGAUGCGGCUGAAGCUGGAGGUGGAGGAGAAGAAGCAGGCGGUGCGGCUGCUGCAGAGAGCGCUGGUGCAGCAGCGGGACCUGACUGUGCGGCGCGUCAAGGAGACUGAGAAGGAGCUGGGCCGGCAGCUGCGGCAGCAGAGGGAACACUACGAAGCCACCAUCCAGCGGCACCUGUCCUUCAUUGACCAGGGCAGCAGCUCUAGCCCCCGCCCUUGGUCGCAGCUGAUUGAGGACAAGAAGGCCCUGGCCGACAGGUGUGAGGCUGUGGUGGCAGAGCUGAAGCAGGGGGACCAGCGGCGCAAGGACAGGGAGGCCCAGGUGCAGGAGCAGCACGAGCUGGAGAUGAAGAAACUCAAAGAGCUAAUGAGCGCCACCGAGAGAGUCCGCCGGGAGAAGUGGAUCAAUGAGAAAACCCGAAAAAUCAAGGAGAUCACAGUCCGAGGCCUGGAGCCCGAGAUCCAGAAGCUGAUCGCCAAGCACAAGCAGGAGGUUAAGAAGCUCAAGAGCCUGCAUGAGGCAGAGCUGCUGCAGGCGGACGCGCGGGCGGCCCAGCGCUUUGGGCGCCAGGUGGAGGAGCUCCGGGAGCAGCUGGAGCGGGAGAAGGAGGCGCUGGGCCGGCAGGAGCGGGAGCGCGCCCAGCAGCGCUUCGAGCAGCACGUGGAGCAGGAGCAGCGGGCUCUGCAGCAGCAGCGGCGGAGGCUGUACGGCGAGGUGGCCGAGGAGAAGGAGCGGCUGGGCCAGCAGGCCGCCAGGCAGCGGGCGGAGCUGGAGGAGUUGCGGCAGCAGCUGGAGGAGAGCAGCGCGGCCGAGGGCAGGGCGCUCAGGGCCGAGUUCGAGAAGGGGCGAGAGGAGCAGGAGCGCCGGCACCAGAUGGAGAUGAAGGCCCUGAAGGACCAGCUGGAGGCCGAACGACAGAUGUGGGAGGCCAGCUGCGCCAAGAAGGAGGUGCGGAGCGGGAAGCAGCCUCCUGCGCUGUCCAGCACGCAGGCGCGGAAGCAGCCACCUGAAGCGUGGCUGCUGAACCGGGAGCGGGAGCUGAGGGAAGAGGUCCGGAGAGGCCGGGAUAAGGAGAUCGAGCUGGUUAUCCACCGGCUGGAGGCCGACAUGACGCGCGCCAGGGAGGAGAGCCAGAGGGCGGCGGAGAGCCGCGUGCAGCGCAUCCGGGACCAGCACGCGGCGGAGCUCUCGGAGCUGGAGCGGGCGGAGCGGACGCUGCAGGAGCGGUGCAGCGAGCUGAAGGGGCGCCUCGGGGAGGCCGAGGGGGAGAGCGGGCGCCUGCGGGGCCUGGUGCGGCAGAAGGAGACGGAGCUGGCGCACCUGGCGGCGGUGAACGAGCAGCUGGUCAGCGAGAGGAGCGGCCUGGCCGAGGCGCUCCGCCAGGAGUUCGCCGACCGCCUGGCAGCCUCCGAGGAGGAGAGCCGGCAGCUCCGGGCCGAGCUGGCCGAGCUGCGGGCCCGCCAGCGGCUGGAGCUGGAGCAGCUCACGCGGGAGAAGCAGGCGGAGCUGGAGCACGUGCACGGGAGGGUGAAGGCGGCCCUGGCGAAGAAGGAGGAGGCCGUGCUUGGCCUCCGGAAGCAGCACCAGGCGGCAGUGAAGCGGGCCGAGCACCUGGAAGAGCUGCUGGAGCAGCGCGGGUGGCCGCUGCCGAGCGCCAAGUGACCCGCAGCCCGGACAGGGAGACAGCAGCCGGGCGGAGAGUGCCUGGUGCCAGGUGGAGCCCGUCCUGGUCCCGCGGCGCCCUUCCGUCUCUCCGCCCUGGGCUGGGCCGUCCCGACGUUAGAGCGCCACGACGGCCUUUGAACAGUAAAGGUGGUUUUGAUACUU